CUCCGCCCGAAACACGUGUCUGCGGCUACUAGGGCUGGCCCCGGGACUCGCUGAGGCCAUAAAUAGCCCCGGGAGGUGGCACAGCCCACUUCCAUGCUGGGGAAGAGAUAGAGCCAGUCUCGAUGAUGGCAUCUGGGCCGCUAAGGGCCGAGGCAAGCUGUCUGAGACCGCUGUGCAGGAAUUUUGCCCGUGGAUUCUGUCGGUGGGGCCAGAGCUGCCGCUUCUCACAUGACAGAAAAUCAGCCCAGGUCUGCAGGUACUUCCAGCGUGGGUUUUGCCGUUAUGGAGAGCAGUGCAGCUACCAGCACAUGCAGGAGGAGCCAGCCCCAGUAGGGACCCAGUAUGGUCUCAUGCCCCACGACCACUGGGACCAGGAGCCUGGCACUGAGCCCACAGCCAUGGACGGGGACCAGGGGGGAACCCAGCGCACCUCAGCCCACCCUGCCUGCAGCAUGACGUGUGUGGCCGCCGAGUCCCCCAAAGUGGAGGUAGAAGUGGAAGACAAAAAGAACAUCUCAGCACUUGGUAAUGUCCCCUGUGGGGCCAUGAGUGGAGAAUUUGUUCCCACAAAAGCUCAGGGUGCUUCAGGCUUCCAGCCACGAGGGCCGGCACUGGAUCUGGGCUUCUCUGACCCCAGAGAGGAGGUUUCGGAGACAGCGACAUGGACUGACCCUGCAAAGGUCCCUGCAGAGCCAGGUGCAGUGGCAGCCCUGGUCACCACUGCAGCACUGAGAGCCCAGAGCGAGGCCAUAGUGUGUGGCAUCUGCAUGGACAGGGUGUACGAGAAGCCACUGCCAGAGGAGCGGCUCUUUGGGAUCCUCCCGAACUGCAGCCACGCGUACUGCGUGGGGUGCAUCCGCAAGUGGCGGCGCAGCCGGGGCUUCCAGAGCAAGGUCAUAAAGGCCUGUCCAGAGUGCCGGAUCACCUCCAGUUACUACAUCCCCCACAAAUACUGGAUCUCAGAUGUGGAUGAGAAGGAGAAGCUCAUCAGAACCUUCAAGGCACGGACAGGGAAAAUCAGGUGCAAAUUCUUCAUCCGUGGCCACUGCCCUUUCAGAUCAGAGUGCAUCUACCUGCACGAGCUGCCUGCCCGCCAGCUGCGGCAGCACAGACGGCAGCGGCCGAGGAUGCCCGCUGUGUUCAUCCCUUCUUCCUCGGAGAGCUCUGACGAGGAGGAUGAGUUCUGCACACUCGAGUGGGCUCUUACCCUGGCCAUGAUGGAGACAGAAUUUCCCUACUCAAGUUAUGGCCACGAGAUGCUUCUCAUCGACUUCAGCGAUUCUGACUGAGCCAUGGGAGCUAUGGUGGGCCUGCUGGUGGCCAGGACAUGUCUCCAGGAGGUGGAAGCCUCUGCUUUUUUAGUCCUGCCACUGUUUUGGUGUGGCUCCAGCCUUGGGGGUGUUGCAGGGAUGGGGUGGUGUAAUAAGUGGAGAGUGUGAUGUUGGCUCUCGCAAAUGUUCUAAGUUAUAAGGCUGAAAGAAGUUCUGUUAAGAUCUGGUGUUUUCAUCUGUAAUGUUGAAAGUUGAAGCAGGAAGGACUUCACGGACUCUUGGAGGCAGGACAAAGGAGGACCUGGGUCAGAAGAGUGACAUCUGCACAAGUGUGGGGAGGGUCGGCUCACCAGGGGGCUGGCUCACCAAUAACAUGUAUAAGGGUAUAAUGGGUGUGGGCAGGGUGCCUCUGGCUGCAGCUACGCACUGAGAGCGUCCUCUUUUCCUUAUUCAAUUCCUUGUUGUGGUUAAAUAAAACCUCUUGAAAUUUUAAAAA